AUCCCCGCUGCAGUUCACUGCGUUUCCGUAGCCAGUUUGCUACCCGCUGAGCCCUGGCUGGGGAAGCAGCUCACGGAAACGAUUGAUCCCGAUCGAAUAACGCCAGAGCUGGCCACAUAAAUGGCGGAUUAACACUGAGAUCGGAAAGGACUCGCUAAAUCAAUGUUCGUGACUCGGGUGCUUUUGGAGAGUGCGCUAGCAACACCCUCCGUAACAUGUGAGAUGUAUACAGAAAGAUAUUAACUGUGCGUUAUUUCGGCUAACUAGCUAGCAGCCGCCCCCCUCCUCCUCCUCCUCUAUCCAAUUUAUGGUAGCUCGCUUGAUCUGUUUUUCAACCGUCGCGUCUGAACCGGAGGAAAAUGAAGAAGUUUAACAUUAGGAAGGUGCUGGACGGCUUGACAGCGGCUUCUUCUUCCUCCUCCGCAACUGCUCAGCCGGGUACUCCCAGGGAAAACGAUGUUGUCCAGGAGACUCUCCAGUCGGAACAUUUUCAGCUUUGCAAGACUGUGCGUCAUGGCUUCCCAUAUCAACCAUCCUCAAUGGCUUUUGACCCUGUGCAGAAAAUCUUGGCUGUCGGGACUCAGACUGGAGCUUUGAGGCUCUUUGGCCGUGCGGGUGUGGAGUGCUACUGUCAGCAUGAGAGCGGUGCUGCUGUCAUCCAGCUCCAGUUCCUGAUCAACGAGGGGGCGCUGGUGAGUGCCUUAGCUGAUGACAGCAUCCACCUGUGGAACCUGAGGCAAAAAAUCCCAGCUAUUCUUCAUUCUCUCAAGUUCAGCAGGGAGAGAAUCACAUACUGCCACCUGCCCUUCCAGAGCAAAUGGCUUUACAUCGGCACAGAAAGAGGAAACAUCCACAUUGUCAACGUGGAGUCCUUCACUCUCUCAGGCUAUGUCAUCAUGUGGAACAAAGCCAUCGAACUGUCCACCAAGACACACCCUGGGCCUGUUGUGCACAUCAGUGAUAACCCCAUGGAUGAAGGAAAGCUUCUGAUUGGAUUUGAGUGUGGAGUAGUGGUGUUGUGGGAUUUGAAGUGCAAAAAAGCUGACUACCGCUACAAUUAUGAUGAGGCGAUCCACUCGGUAGCCUGGCACCACGAGGGUAAACAGUUUGUUUGCAGCCACUCUGAUGGCACUCUGACCACAUGGAAUGUAAGAGCUCCAGCCAAGCCUGCACAGAUCAUCACACCACAUGGAAAGCAACCUAAGGAUGGAAAAAAGCCAGAACCAUGCAAGCCUAUCCUGAAGGUGGAGUACAAAACAACAAGAGCUGGGGACCCAUUCAUGGUCCUGUCUGGAGGUUUGUCUUACGAUACAGUGGGGAAGAGAGCCUGUCUGACCGUGAUGCAUGGAAAGAGCACUGCCGUCCUGGAGAUGGACUACCCCAUUGUAGAUUUCCUGACUCUGUGUGAAACUCCAUAUCCAAACGACUUUCAGGAGCCUUAUGCUGUGGUGGUCCUCCUUGAGAAGGAUUUAAUUGUAAUAGACCUCGGACAGAUUGGGUACCCAAUUUUUGAGAAUCCAUAUCCUCUGACUAUCCAUGAGUCACCAGUGACCUGCUGUGAGUACUUUGCUGACUGCCCUGCUGAACUUAUUCCUGCACUUUAUUCUGUCGGCAGUCGGCAAAAGAGACAAGGUUACAGCAAGAAGGAAUGGCCGAUUAAUGGAGGAAACUGGGGCCAAGGCUCACAGAGUUACCCUGAGAUCAUAAUCACUGGACAUGCUGAUGGAUCAAUUAAAUUUUGGGAUGCCUCUGCAUUUAUGCUCCAAGUGCUGUACAAGCUGAAGACUGCCAAGGUGUUCGAGAGGGCCCGCGGUAAGGAGGAGAAGCCAAGUACAGAUAUAGUGGAGGAGGACCCGUUUGCCAUCCAGACCUUGUCCUGGUGCCCUGAGAGCAGGAUGCUCUGCGUGGCCGGGGUGUCUGCCCACGUUAUCAUCUAUAGGUUCAGCAAACAAGAAAUCACCACUGAAGCUGUGCAGCUGCUGGAGGUGCGGAUGCAGUGUGAGUUUAGUGAUGGGGACUCCCCUGACCCAGGAGGGGAGCAGACCCCCACCUUGCCCACUCCAGGAGCUUCCUCCAGCCCUCAGGAGAGUGAGCCUCCCAGUCAGCCCUCCACUGGCAGCAACUCCUCUGACGGACCCCGGGACAAUAUAGCAUGCCUGCAGGUGCGGAGCUCCCCGCUGAAGCAGUCUCCGGGCUACCAGGUGGAGCUGGUGAUCCAGCUGGUUUGGGUGAGCGGGGAGCCACCUCAGCCAAUCACCAGCCUGGCUAUCAACUCCUCCUACGGCCUUGUGGUGUUUGGAAACAGUAAUGGCCUGGCUGUGGUGGACUACCUCCAGAAGACUCUGCUCCUCAACAUGGGCACAUCGGAGCUGCAUAGCCCGUCUGAUCCCUACCAGAGGCAGCCUCGAUCCCCACGCAAAGCACGACAGCCUUCCGGAGCACUCUGUGAUUCAAAUGAUGGGUCCAACACCUCAGAGGACCGCUGCAAAUCACCUACAUCGGGAUCUACCUCGCCUUGCAAUUCAGAUGAUGAACGAAAACAGAAGUUCAUAGAGAAGGUGAAGUUCAAAAGCAGGCGCUUUUCCAAGACGGUUGCCAAUGACUUUGCCAAGAUGUCACGGAAAAUUAGCUCGUCUAGCGAGCAAAAGCCAGACCUGGAGGGGAGGUGCCAACGAUGGCGCUCUCUCACAUGUAAGAAGCGCGUUCCUUGUCUGAAGGGAUGCAAGGCGGAAACCAGGAUGAGCCUGAAGUGGGGAGUCUGUAGAACUUGGUCAGACCCCAACUCGUAUGCCAAGGAUAACUCAUUCACCCGCUCACGUAGUUCAAGUGUAACCAGCAUAGACAGAGAAUCCCGAGAGGCCAUCUCCUCCUUUCACUUCUGUGAGAGUUUCCCCAGGAAGACGGACAGCUUGGUCAGUCCGUGUCUGCUGGUGGGGACCACCCAGGGAUCUGUGAUGAUGGUGGCCCUCAGCCUGCCACCUGGUGGGGACCACAGGAUGCAGCAGCCAGUUGGCAUCUCCUCCUGUGGCACUCUGGCUGGACUCAAAGGAGGCAUUUUGACCAUGGCCCUGUUGGACUCCACUGGAGCUCUGCUGCCCCCUUUCUACGAGUCAUGGUAUGAUCCGAACGCCUCAGACGAGGAGAGGGAGAAGAGCCGGAGGCGUAGGCCGGCCUCCCCUCCCUCAUCGCAAGAGGGUCAAGAUUCCCAGUUCGCCGUGUUGUGUUCGGAGAAACAGGCCAAGGUGGUGGCCAUGCCCUCCCAAACCAGCAUCUACAAACACAACAUCACGGAGGCCUCCUUCGUGCUGAGGGCUGAUGUCGUGCAGAUGGCUGGCGCUAACUGCAUCGCUUGUUUCUGUGCUAACGGGCAUAUCAUGACUCUGAGUUUACCCAGUCUUAGGCCUCUGCUGGAUGUGAACUACCUGCCGCUGACAGAUAUGCGCAUAGCCAGAACGUUCUGCUUCUCUAACCUGGGUCAGGCCCUGUACCUCACCUCCCCCACCGAGAUCCAGAGGAUCACCUAUAGCCAGGAGACCUGCGAUAACCUACAGGAGAUGCUCAGUGAGUUAUUUACCCCCGUGGAGACACCAGAGGCUCCUAACAGGGGGUUCUUCAAAGGCCUUUUUGGGGGAGGAGCUCAGUCUCUGGACAGGGAGGACCUCUUUGGUGAAACAGCUGCAGGCAGGGCCUCCCGUAGCCUGGCCCAGCACAUCCCUGGUCCAGGGAGCAUGGAGGGCAUGAAGGGCGCGGCAUCUGGGGUAGUGGGAGAUCUGGCCCGCGCCCGGAUAGCCCUGGACGAGAGAGGGCAAAAACUGGGCGAGCUGGAGGAAAGAACGGCAGCCAUGAUGGCCAGCGCCGAGUCCUUUUCCAAACAUGCUCAUGAUAUGAUGCUGAAGUACAAAGAUAAGAAGUGGUACCAGCUCUGAUGGCAGCGGGUGGAGCAUCGGACUCUGUAAUCACGCAAACACCAGUUUCUCUUAGGAGCUGCAGGUCCCUCUUCUUCUCUUCUCUGUUUCUCUAUACGAGGGGUUCUGCUCUACAGACUCAUGCUUUUAUUCUCAGCACAAUAUCAUACACUCUGCAUUACCUCAGUCACCGGAGGACUGCAGCGGAGUAGACGCUGGCCGACCCAACGUAAUGAGAAUGGGAGGAACUGGAAGGAGAGAAGCCCUUAGGAAUCUCUCCUUCCAUUUCAUCUGAGAGCGAUGAUGGUCACGAUCAGCUCGCAGAACAGGAGAGACGGGACCCUUCAUUCCCAUCAGUCAUGCACUCAUAUAUCUCAAAUAUAUCUCUACACACCCUGCUGUUUUGUUCUGAAAGAGGAAAAGACAAUUCUGCAAAACAUGUACUUGUGGAGGCCUGAUUGCAGUUGUUCUUUAUUUUCCUUUCUGUGACCUUUAUGGUGUCUGCCAAACACAGUGGACUUAAAUGAGGAGAAAAGUCUGAUGACCUGUUUGUCCUUUAAAUCUAAUCAAGUCAAUGAAGAUGUAAGUUUUUUGUUUUAAGGAAAGUUUGAGUCAGUGAAGGACUUGUGUAUGUUAGUUUUUCUGGUCGAAAUUAUUUUUAGAGUUUGACCUCUGUCCUUUGUCAGUCCAUUUUUGUCUUAUUUUCUUGUCCAGAAAGGGCCUUUCAAGCACUUAGAGCCGUAGAGGAUCGAUGGGGAGAUAAUGAAUCUGUUGCCUCUCACCGAAUAAGGGCUGGUAGUACACUAGUUCAUCACCAACCAUUCCUUUUACAGCAUUUUCCAAUCAAGUUGUUUUAGGUGUUUUCUGAGUGUCACUUUGGUUUUAUUUUAAAUUAGAUUAUUUAUUGGAACAGUAAAAUGAUCUUUGUAUGUUGGGCAUUCAGUUUUUUUGUUUUGAUCAAAUUAAGUGCGCUAAAAAGUGUUGAAAAUGUUUACCCGCCCCCCUCGAUAAAGAGUUUACAUUGAUCUAUCAUAAAAAAAAUGAGGAGUUGAUACACUGGAAAAGCCUUGAAGGCCUUCUGCUGUUUUCUUAUAGCUUUCAAGGGGCUGUAGCCAAGUCACGUAUGGAAAAAAUGAUGUGUUGAAGGGCAAGACAAAGAUUGUCCUUAAUACGAUGAGCAUAAAUGUAUAUUUUGGUUAAAAUUUUAUUUUAUUAUUUUUUUUUUUUUUUUCAUGACAAAGAUUCUACCUAUAAGUGGUUGCUCUGACUUCUUUUCGGCUGAUUUUCGUCUCGUUUCUCAGCGCGUAGGUGGUGGAAAAAAAAAAGCAUGUGUCUCUUACAGCACAAUGGAAACGGCAAUGCUGUCUUUGUAUUCGUAGCUGCCGGUAGAAAUGAGCGAGCACCACGGAGAGCUCCACGCUGUGCCACUGGUCGUCCCUCUCUCUGAACCGUCCACUUAAAAACUGUUUCUCUUCUGCCUUUGCCUCAUGACGCAUAUAUGCUAACCUCUACCUACGUGUACGUCUGUGUGUUUGUGAACAUACAUAUAUUCAGGAAUAUGUGUAUGGGCGCCAAUAUUUAUAAUAUUACAUAGAUACAGUGUAUUACAAUAGGUCUUUUGAGGUUUUUGUUUUGCUUGACAGUGUUUUUCAGUGUGAUUAACUAGAGUUCUAUUGUAAUUAGAUUUCUUUUUCAUGAGGUGCGAGGAUAUGCUGCUAUUUGAGUCAACGUAGGAGCAUUACCUGUCGGUCUUUUUAUUUUGAACAGAGAUACAAGACUUUGUCGGUCCAGAUUGCUGCCAAAUGUUGUAAAUAACAGGACGUCUGGACACAAAUCUGACAGUGCAGGUUCAGGCAACGUGACAUACUGUACGCUUGCGGCCAUGUUGUUUUCUGACACCAAAGAGUUGCUUGAUUUCACAAAGUUGUCUUGAUUUUUUUUAUUUUAUUUUUUUUUCCCAAAACGGUAAGAGUCAGUAUGGAUACCUUAGGCAGCACUUUUAAGUCACAAAGUAUACUGUGUGUGAGGGGUGGAGGGGGCUCAGUAGAUUAUUGGCUUUAGCCUCUUCUUGUGGACUUAACGCCCUCAUUGCCCAAACCGUUCAGAGGACAAACAAAAUGAAUUUGAAGAGUUUCACUCCAAAAUGAGAUAUCCACCAAAGAAAAUCGUGGGAAAUAAAAUUCUUAGAUUUUAGAGUAAUUAAGUCCUGUAUCCUUAAGAGAUGUUCAGCUGUCAGUUACACCAAAAAUUCCAGAUGGAUGUGCAGUAUUUUGGACUGAAACCCUUCCCUUUUAGCUGGCUGAUAUUAAUCGACUAUACUGUAUACUACUGAGAUAAACCCAUUUCAAAGAGCAGUUAUGUGGGUUUUGCACUAUUUUUGUACUUAGAAUAAUUUUGUUAGCAUGAUUUUUGUGUGUGUGUGUGUGUGUGUGUGUGUUUACGUUUCUUCUUGUUCCAUUUUCUUAUGUUCGAAAGGACCAAAACAUGACAGAACCUAUGCUUAUCUAUGUCAUUUGCCAAUUAUGCUGAUUGCUUCACUCUCAGAUUUGUUUUCAGUGUCAGGUUAAUGAUACUAUGAUAUAUUUAUAUAUUUGAAAACAAAUAUAUAUAUACUUUUAAUUUCAAUCAUCUAUUAAAAAUGAAUACCUUUAAUGUAAUUUUGGGAAAGAAUAACUCGCAUUAACAUCCAAACAAUGGUUGUGCAUAAUUAUCCAUCAUCCAGACAUGACAAUAAACAUUUUCUAAUUAUAUACUGAACAUGUUCAUCUCAGAUUCAAGCUUUGCAACUGCAGGAGGGUCAUCUCUUCUUGGUGGGCCGCUGAGUCUUUCUACAAAAAGUGUGGCCUCGACUUUAAAGUGCUUCGGUUUGCAACAUAUAUGUCCUAAAUGGUCUUAUUGCACAUUGAAGGAUGCAUGAUAUUAAGUGUUUACAAACUUGAAACAACCCAUGUAUUAUCCCUCUUUACAGAUUGUCUGUUCUGGCAUUUGUAUUUAACACCAAGUUGAACAAAUCGGACAUUCUCGUCACACAUCGGAAGCGUGUCCCGUUUUUGAUUUGAUCAUGCCGGUUGUGUAAGUGUGAGAGAAUAUAUUUAUUUUAUUGGUACAUCUGUUUAUGUUACUCUUUGCUUCACGAGAACUCUUGCUUUCUCUGCACUGUAGACAUGCAUAGAAAGCAAAAGCUUGGAUCACAGCAGCGUGCAAGGAGGGCUUAAGGGUUUCUCGCUCGCCAUACUUCCGUCCAUCUGUCCGUCUGUCUUCUGGGAUGAAUAUCUGUGGAGUUGCAGUAUUUUCUCAUAGUAGGCAAUUUUUGUACAGUUUUAUUAAAAUAAAUUUCACAUGGAUGUCUGACUUAAUCUGCUGCCACAAACAAUUUAGACUGUAGAUACAGUAUACAAUAUAUAUAUAUAUAUUAUUGUGCAAUGGAAAAUAAAUUUAAAACCAAUCAUAA